AUGGCUUUUGAACGGAGCGGCAUAUUUGGUAGAUCCAAAUUUGUGAAUUGCUGGAACGUCCGGCAGAGAAAAUACCAGAAAUACUAUCGCGCCGCCUUUGCAGCCCUGGAAAUGCUCACGGUUGCAUUCAGGCGUUUUGGUAUAGUUUCGAUAUCACAUUUUUUGCCAACUCUAUUAAAUUUUAUACACAAAAUCCAUUUCCCCGGGCAAAGCACGAAUUGUAAACAAAAUACUGGACAUCAAGCCGCAAUGGACUCGUGUUUCUUUUGUGGCGCCGUCGAGCUAGGCUCUGGUACCAGCCGCUACGAAAAGCUGUCGGCCAAAGUGCCCUCGUCGCAGAAGACAGUCUCCUUGGUGCUCACGCACCUGGCCAACUGCAUCGGCUCGCCGCUGGACGUGAAGACUAAUUCCCGCCUUUGUCCGCGCUGCUUCAGCGAGCUGUCCGACUACGACACCAUUAUGGUCAAUCUGAUGACGACACAGAAGCGGCUCACUAAUCAGCUGAAACACGCCCUUAAGUCGGAUUUCGAUCUGCCAGAGUCCGGCGAGGAUCUUCUGGUGGAGGAGGAGGAGGAGGUGCCCCUGGAGGAGGAGGACACGGAUGCCGAUGCCGAAGCGGAGGCCCUGUUCGUGGAGCUAGUUAAGGACCAAGAAGACUCUGAUACCGAGAUCAAGCGCGAAUACGAAGACGACGACGAGAAUGAAUUCCUCUGCGAGGUGGAGGUGGGUGAGCCCGAGGGAAGCUUAUCCAAGGGCGACGGCGAAGACAAGCCCAUGCGAAAACGUGUCAAGCAGGAGUGCAGCACCUGCGGAAAGGUGUACAAUUCGUGGUAUCAGCUCCAGAAGCACAUCAGUGAGGAGCACUCCAAGCAGCCCAACCAUGUCUGCCCCAUCUGCGGGGUAAUACGUCGCGACGAGGAGUACCUUGAACUGCACAUGAACGUGCAUGAGGGCAAGACAGAAAAGCAGUGCCGCUACUGCCCAAAGAGCUUCUCGCGUCCAGUAAACACACUGCGUCACAUGCGCAUGCACUGGGACAAGAAGAAGUACCAGUGCGAAAAGUGCGGACUUCGCUUCUCGCAGGACAAUUUACUGUACAACCACCGUCUGCGGCACGAAGCUGAGGAAAACCCCAUCAUUUGCAGCAUAUGCAAUGUGUCGUUCAAAUCACGAAAGACCUUUAACCAUCACACCCUAAUUCACAAGGAGAACCGGCCCCGCCACUACUGCUCCGUGUGCCCCAAGUCUUUCACCGAGCGAUACACCCUCAAGAUGCACAUGAAGACUCACGAGGGCGACUUGGUCUACGGCGUUAGGGAGGAGGCUCCCGCCGACGAGCAGCAGGUGGUGGAGGAGCUGCAUGUGGACGUGGACGAAUCGGAGCAGGCAGUUACCGUGAUUAUGUCGUCGGACAAUGACGACAACAGCGGCUUUUGCCUGAUCUGCAGCACCAACUUCGAGAACAAAAAGGAGCUGGAACACCACUUGCAAUUCGAUCAUGACGUUGUCCUAAAAUAAACAAAUUAUAUUUAACUGAAAAUAAGCUAUCGUACGCUAGCAUAUUCCCUUCUUUAUCCUUCAUUAAAUUGUAGAUAUCGAUGUCCCUUCAAAGUAUAAAUUUCUGGUAUCCAAGAGGCAUCGAGAGUUAAUACAAUUUGUGCUCGGUUAAUUCGACUGCACUUAAUUAUGUGAAUUAAAGAUUCCAAUGCUUAUCAUCGAUUUGUACUAACACUUAUAAAAUACGAAUAAAACAAAAAUAAAACAAUUUUCAACAA